AUGUGGGUGAGCUAUUCAUAUGACGUAGGAAGUCUCAGCUCAGGCUCUGAUUUAUUCGGCUUUGAAAUUCCAGAAAAAUCUGUUACUGAUAAUAAAAUUUCAUAUGUAGAUCUUUGAAACCUUUUAUUAGAAUACCAAGCAUUUGUAAAUUCAAGUACAACUAUAAGUUACUAUGAUGAAGAAAUAGGCGCAUAUAAAAAUUUUUCAUCAAAAGACAAACUCUCAACUGAAAGAGAAAUUCAACUUCUCAUCCAAAAUUACUCAAACUUAAAUUAAUUAUAGAGAAGUUCCCUGCAGGUCCGCAGAUCAUUACCCGCUUUUGCAUAAAGUUCCACCGCUUGCUUGCUUGCCAGUCCGAAAAAAGCCUUUGGCUGUGCUGCUACUUGCGGAAUAUGGCUUGCACACUUUCUACCUGAUACUCAGAGACGCAUGGUCACCAUGCCCAAAAUCAAUGGGCUUGCCUUCCAUGAUAUUCGAAAAACGAAUUUUUUUGGUCAUUUGUCCACCAAAAUAGAGCCGGGGCUGGACGCAACACCUGAGAUCGAGCUGGGAUUUACUCGAUUGGCUAAAGUGGCUCUGACCUUGCUUGGUAUCCCCAUUCCAACUCCAGCAAACCAUCUCCCCAGGUGUAAAUAUUUGACCAGGAUGUGAGCAUGUGGUCAGCUAACCCGACAUUGCACUUUGCCAAACCAAGUAAAACGGAGCCAUAUACACAUUUCCGAAUGCUUUACUCCCUUGCACGAGGUUCCUGAUCUCCAAUGAACCUGCCAGCUAGGGUAUGUCAGCUCACCAUGCCAUUUUAAUUAUAUUCAUCCAAAAAUCACAAAUUAGUGAAAUUGGCACUCUAGUAGAACGAAUAGAAGACUUAGAAACCAAUAUUUCGCACCUUAAAUCUAUUUUAAAAGAAACUGACCAAUUAAAACCUGUAAAUCAAAACCAAGCAAGCUCAGAGCAUCUUGACAUGGCAAUGCUAUAUGCAGCUCCUCUGACAAGGAAAGAUGGGAUCAAAGUAAAAGAAUGCGAUAAUUGGAAUUUAAAUUUUGACUUGGAAAGGAAAAAAUUAUUGGAAGCUUUUGAAAGAAGCCAAAUCCAUGCAUCAAUUAGAUUUGAAACAGCAACUUUGCAGCAUUUAGGGGAAAUACUGGAGCUGCAACCCAAAAUACUUCAUAUAAGCUGUCAUGGGUAUUAUCAAAGGACUUUUCCUAAUGAAUUUGUGCUGGCUUUUGAAGACAGUAAAUAUUUAAGUUUAGUUAAGCUCUAUAAGGCCAUAAGGGGAUAGAGCAUGAGUCUGCCUAUCUGGUAUAAACCCAUCUAAUCUAAUGAUUAUCUCCUAGGUUAGAGCCAACUCUUGUGGAUGCUUUUUUAGCUCUAAUAUGCAAAGACUAAGUGGGAGGCAAAACCUGUCUAGCCCAUCUGCAGGGGAAAACCUUCGGGAGAAAAAAACUUCCCUCUUCGGCAGGUAUCCCCAACCUGAAGGCCUACUUCAAAAAAUGACAGAGGCACUAUUUUCAGCUUCACCAGGACUGAUCCUACCUGCUCCACAUAAAGUGUGUCUCGAAUUCAUCUUCCCCCAUUUUAUUUCUCACAAAUAUUUAGGAAUGAGGGAUGAAGUCAAUCAAAGUCGGCUUAAGAAAAUUCUUGAGACCCAUUGCAAGUAUUUUAAUAUCGUCAUCGUAAGUGCUUGCUUCUCACAAGCUAUCGGGAACGUAUUUCUAGAUGCCGGAAUUGACUGUGUAAUUACAAUUCACGACCAAUGCAAAAUUUUAGACGACGCUGCUAUUUCUUUCGCAGUCACAUUUUAUAGAAGUCUGCUCCGAGGAAAAUCAAUAAAAAACGCUUUUAUUGAAGCCAAGAAAAAUGUCAAUUUUGAACAAGCUGUUAUGAGAACAACUUGUUGCUGUGCCCACAACCAUAAGCGCCAGUGUCUCUGAAAAGCCAGAAACGACCAUGGAGAGCAUACAAUAAAUGAAGAAUGCACCUGUGAAAAACGAAAUAAUGACUCAGUCCAUAAGCUAAACUGUCAAUGGGCGACCAAAUUUCUUGCAAAAUUCAAUAAAACAAGGACUCCAAGUGAGCAAGAAAUCAAAGAUGGAAGCUGAGUAAUUUGUUGCUGCUCACCAGAAGUCCCACAUAAUGAAGCAAUGAAAUUCAAAUUACUGCUGAAAAACAAAGAAGUUGGGAAUCAAAUUCUCUUCUCUGAGCGCACACAAAAUGAAAUCCAGGAGCCUUAUACAUAUGAAACUCCUUUUAAGCCACCUCCAAUAAGGCAGAAAAUCAUAGGAAGAAACAGAGAAAUGCAGCAGCUUUUAGAAAUGGGCAAAAACAAUAGAGUUAUAAUAGUAAGUGGGAAACUUGGCAUUGGGAAAUCUCUUCUGGUAAAAAGUGUUGCUCAUUAUGCUUGUGAGAGAAGAAUUUUCAAGCAUGGAGUGCUUUAUUUAAAUCUCCAAGGCAAAACCAAUUCAAGCACAAUUAAUCAAAUGAUAGCCAAAAGCUUAAACGUCCCUUGAGAAAAAAGCAAAGAAGAAAUUGCAAGAAUAAUUGAAAACAUGCAUCUUUUAAUAAUCCUUGACAAUAUUGGUGGAAUUAUUGCUCACAAUAAAGAAAAAGUAAAAAAUAAAAUUGUUUCACUGCUUGAAAGGACACAGUUUCCUAAGUUUUGAAUUGUCGUGAGUGGCGAGAAUACUUUAAAGCUGGAUAGAGCUGCAGAAUUCAAGCUUGGAGAACUAAGUAAAAGAGCUGCAGCUAAGCUAAUUAAAACGAGGACAGAAGUUUACCAGAAAAUCAGGAAUGAUGUCCUGAAGCUUUUAAACGUUGUCUGCAAGUCUCCUUCUGAGCUGUUUCAAGUAAUGCCUGUACUUAUGGAAAAAACAGUUGAUGAAUUUUUACUUGACUAUCAGUCUCAUCAUUCUAGCCUUAAUGAAUAUGAAGAUUCUCGCUCCCUUUAUUUAUCACUUACUUAUCUUCAAAACCGCAAGCCAGAAGCUGUCAAUCUUAUCAAGCUACUGUCAUUACUACCUGUAGGGAUUUUUAGAGAAAAUCUUAACCUUAUAUGCAGCAAACAAGUCUGUGACUGAAAAGACGCACUUUCACUUUUAGAGUCACAAGAAGGGGAAGAAUGACUUGUAAAAAUCCAUUUGAAUGACCAUGAUAAUAACUCAGAUGAUAGCGAGGAUGAAGAAAGCCAAGAGCUGCGCUCAAGCACGUUUCUGGAUAUGAAUGAAAGCUUAAAUAUAAUGGAAAUUGAGCAAUUGACGAGUCAAGAAAUUCUGAUGGUUUCUCAGCCUGUUAAAAAAUAUAUUAAAUCUGAAGUCAGCCCGUUGGCUGAUAAUGCAAUUGCUUGCAUAGAGUAUUUGGCUGCUUUGGCUAGAGCUCUAAUGCAAAUUAUUAGCCAGCUGCCUUCUAUGGCCUGCUCAAAUGUGAUGAAAUCCCUUGGAAAUUUCAACGCUUUAAAUCCUUCACCAACCUGAAAGCUCUGUAACUACGAAGAAAUUGUUGCAGAAAUAUUGAGCACUAUAAAAAAUUCAAUAAUUCCUCCCCAGAAGUUAUUUGAAUGCAUGGAGCGCAAUUUUGCAGACUACCUCAGUGAAAAUUAUUUAAGGCAGAUUUUUAAUGACCGUAGAGAUUCACUACUAAUUAUUUAGAUUAUAACGCAUUUCUUACUUCAUUAGGAUGAUUUAGGCUUGCAUAGGCUCACCUUUUUAUAUCCCUUGAUUGUUAAGGUCAGCAGCCAUCUUUUCUAAAAUACAUUCCAGAAGAGUGCCAGGAAUUCUUCACGGGCCUCAUUUGGCCUCAUCUAAUCCUGACUCCAGCAAGUGUUCCGUCUAAGAGUCACCCUCCUGGUGUCUCCUUUCUUCUUUAGGACAACGAAUUACCCUAUUCAGUAAAUCCAUAUUGGCACUGUAGAUAAAGGUCCACCUUGAAAACAGAGCCCCGUAAUAAUAAAGGAGGCGAUAGGGUUUUCCGAGACAGCCACUUCCAUAUGUAACCAUUUUAUUAUGACCAUAGAGAUUCGCAAAUUGGAAACCUUGUUUUCGAAAUGGGGCAAUGCGUGAUGUGCAUAUACCUCCUCUUUGGGAAGAAAAACCAAGCAUUUAAUGUUAUAGAUAACAUGAAAAAAUGUCUUAAAACCUUCAGCGCCAAUGAAACACUCAAGCAUAAAUUGAGGCUCUCCUGAAGUGCUAUGAAAAUUGAAUAUAAAAAGAAGUUCAGAAUCGAAAAAGCUAUAAAACAAGCUGAAAAAGCUUUGCAGCACUUUGAAAUUAAUGAAAUGACUGAUUGCUUGGCUGAAAGCUAUUUAUUAAGGGCAAUUAUUUCUAUAAAUGCACCUCUUAAGCGCAAAGAAAUGUAUGAGAAUAGAGUAAAUGAAAUAAAUGAAAACUUAGAACAGGCAGUAAGCCGUUUUAAAGAUUUAUGGUUCAGCAUAGGAAGCUCAGGACUUGCACGAUCUUAUUUACUUUAUUGUGAAUGAAAAAUUUCUAAUAACCAUAGUGAUGAAGAAAUAAUCAGAAGACUGCAAACCUCUUAUAAAAUAUUCAAAGAACUGAAUCUAAUUGGCCUAGAAGAAAAAUCUCUUUGUUUAUUGGGAAAAGCUUAUUUUAACAUGGAAAGAUUAAUUGCAGCAGAAGAGUCUUGAAGAUUUGCAUUAGAAAUCGCACGGAAAUUCAAAGACAGGAGCUAUGAAGUCCAAAUCAAUGAGCAGCUAAAUUUGAUUUUUGAGCGCAUAAGAAGACGCAGUGGAAAUGUAAUUGUGGUAUUGAGAGCUUAUCCUUUGGUAUCAAUUAACUCUACUACUGGAAAUUUUAUUUUGGAUUCUGUGGUGUGCACUCAUUUUUCUACUUUCAAAAGAAACCUUCUUGAUACUUUGUAUCAACAACGAAAACUGAUUUAUAUGAAAUUUGAUGUUGGGACAAGACAAAAACUUAUGGAGUAUAUAAAAGAAGGCUGCAAAGUACUACACCUCUCGACCUGCAUGCCGCAAAGGGACUCUUUGGUAUUAGAAAACAACAAUUUUAGCGCUGAUAAUGUUUCUUUGCUAGAACUAGAAGAAUUAUUUGGCCCAGCCUCAGAGAGAUGUGGAUUGAGUCUAGUUGUAUUAGCCAUGCCUUUUUCUAACUCCCCACUCCGUGAGCGAAUAAGGAAAUUGGAAAAAUCUUUAUUUUUUUUGUAAAACCCUCCUCCGUGAGCGAACAAAAAAAUUUAAUAUAUAAGUGAUAAUUAAUAUAAUGAAAUCUCUAGGUAAUUCUGUUUAAUUUUAAACAGCUUGCAUUUUAAAACAUAUAUUUUAAAAAUUAAAUAAAUAUUUUUCAAUUGCUACGGAUAGGGAUUUUUUUUAAAAAAAUUUACUAUAAAAUUUAUAUGGAAAGGGGGUAAAAAAAUUGGUGAGUAUCUAUUUAACCAAAUCGGUAUAGAUUUUGUGAUAUGUUUCGAUUAUAAAGAAUAUCCCCUCUGCAAAUACUUAACACAGCUUCAGCUUAUGUUUGAAAAAGCUAUAGAAACAUUUUGUGAAAAAUUUUAUGCGCUAAUAGUAGAAGGGAAGACUGUAAAAAAGGCAUGAAAAGCAGCAAAGCGUGUCAGUGACGAAUUUGUUGAUUCUAAUUCAAAACUUUUUGAACAUUUUAAUCAUGAAGACUUCAAUAUUGAAGAAUUGUAUAAAGGAAAAGGACCUAUUUUACUAGGAAAAGGAGAUAAGCCGUUGUUUAGUGACUCGUCAAGUGAUAUUCUUUCACAUGAAUCUGUCCUAUUUCCUGGCAAUGUGUUGCAUACUUCAAUACAAGGACAAUAUGUAAAUAUCAAAAGAACAAAUAGCAGCCUAGUUGGAAGGCAUAGGGCGAUGUUCGAAGUCAUAGAAAAACUGCUUGCAACGAGACUUGUCCAUAUUGUAGGACCAAAAGGGAUUGGCAGAAGCUCUUUGAUAAAGCAUAUAGGAUAUUAUAUGCAUACAAGGCAAAAAUUUCCUGAUGGAAUAUUUUGGAUUAAUAUGAGAUCCCAAGGGAGCUUGGCACAAUUUAAUGAAAAUUUGGAAAAAGAAGGCUUAUUCAUAUCAUUUGAGGAUCGUGAUAUGGAGGAAAACCUUAGCCAUAAAAGUUUGCUUUUAAUGCUUGAUGAUUGUGAUGAUAUUAUUAGAGAAGCCAGGGCUCAGUUUCAUAACUUAAUUGAGACUUUGCAUCGCAAAUAUAAAAUUAGCGUAAUAAUUACAAGCUUUCCAAUUGAGCUUGGAUAUCCUUGUGAGAGAUAUGAACUUAAUCCUCUUGAGCCUUUAGAAUCAGCUUCAAUGCUUCUGGCGUGCUUAGACAGAAGCCUAGAUCGCAAAGAAGUAAUUCCUUAUAAUAAAGAUAGAAAUAAAAUGGUGAUGCUGAUGAAAAUUUGUCUCUUAGGCGCACUCCCUAUGGAGCAGGUAGGACCCAUAAUGAUGAAGCUGAAAAAAGGGUUCUGUCUCUUUUUGAAUUAGGUCUCCCAGGCUUGAAAGCCUUACCGAAUAUGGAAGUUUUAUUUCUCUUCCAAAGCUUUCCAAUCCCUUUCAGAUAGGCGAGCAGGUUUUGCCUAUCAUAUGGCCUUCCCUUGUCGAGAGCUCCCUAUGGAGCAGGUAGGACCCAUAAUGAUGAAGUUGAAAAAAGGGGGUUCUGUCUCUUUUUGAAUUAGGUCUCCCAGGCUUGAAGCCUUACCGAAUAUGGAAGUUUUAUUUCUCUUCCAAAGCUUUCCAAUCCCUUUCAGAUAGGCGAGCAGGUUUUGCCUAUCAUAUGGCCUUCCCUUGUCGAGACCAUCGGGGCACUCUACAGGUGUUGGAGAGCUGAUCCUUGGGCAGAAGGUUCAGAUCGGAAUCCAAAAUUACAGCCUUCCAUUUUCCUCAUUCGAACUCCAAGGGUGAUGGAAACUGCUAUUUUUAGAGCCAAGACGAGUCAAAGGCUAGCUGGCUUGCCCGCUUAUAUCUAGUUUAAUCAUUUAAUUUAAUUUCAUAAUAAAGAUAUGAAUAUUGCUCAAGAUCUAGCUGAAUCAUCACUUCUGAAAGAAUGCAUGAAUUUGCCGCUAAAAAUAAAAGAACUUGCUUGUAAAUUAAGCCAGGAGAAUUUUAAAGUUCUUGAAUUCAAAAGAAUUCAAAUAAGUGACUCCUCUGAUUCACUUCCUUCAAUUGUAUCAACUAUGACUGAAGCAAACGAUUUAAGAACGGUGCACAGCUUUUUGGGCUCAGGAAAUGUGAAUUUUAUUUUCAGGCAAUUUAGAAAUUUAACGAAUAUUAUAGUAAACGUCGAACUAGAAAAAUUUUUGGUAAAAUGUCUUGCUAUCAAAAAGCCCAGAGCAAUACAUGCAGCCAUUUAAGAUGGUCAGACGAAGAAAUAUUUGAAGAAGAAAAAGAGACCAAAGGAGAAAGCAAAGAGCAAAAAACAAGAGAUUAUUCAUUAAAAAUGAAAAGAAAAAAUACUGAUAUCGAGAAAAAUCAAAAAUCCAAACUUUAA